CCAUUUUGCAGGCUCGUUUGACAUGUCCACCAAACUCCUUAUUGCUUCAAAGGCAACGCCUUUCCCUUACGGCGCUAUUGCUGUUGCCGCCCAAGUCAAUGCAGUUAAAGCCAAUGCUGUUACUGUUGAAUUUCGUGACGCUAAAACCCUCGAAGCGGACGGCGCUGCAAAGGCUGUUGCUCUUAUCAAAUAUGAAGGCAAUAACUACGACAAUGUGAAUGCCAUUGCUCGUCUUCUCGGUCGGUUGCAUCCCGAAGCCGCCAUUUACAAUCCCAAGGAUCCGAUCUCUUCCACUUUGAUCGACCAAUGGCUCGAUUUUGCCGAAUCCAAGUUGGCUACUGCCGAUUUCAAGUCGCUCGAUGGUGCUUUCAAGACUCUUAACAAGUAUCUCACCCUCCGCUCGUACUUGGUUGGCUACCAUGCCUCCAUUGCUGAUUUCGUCGUUUGGGGUACAUUAAGAGCAUCUCCUGUCUUUGCUCGCAUUAUCAAGACCAAGAAAGAAUCUCUUGGUAACUACCUCGUCCGUUGGUACGACUAUAUCUCCUCUCUUGAGGCCGCUCAAUAUGCUUUGAACAGCUUGCAAAAAUUGACCAAGGCUGCUCAGGCCAAGACCAGCGAUCAGGGUAAAUUCGAGAUUGGUCUUACUGAGGCCGAGAUGGGCAAGGUUUGCACCCGUUUCCCUCCUGAGCCCAGUGGUUACCUUCACAUCGGUCACGCCAAGGCUGCUCUCAUGAACCAGUACUUUGCGCAGACCUACAAGGGUAAAUUGAUCAUUCGUUUCGAUGACACCAACCCCAGCAAAGAAAAGACCGAAUUUGAGGACUCUAUCAAGGAAGAUUUGGCUUUGAUCGGCGUCGAUUCUUCGGUGGUUACUCACACCUCGGAUUACUUUGAUCAAAUGUAUGACUAUGCUCUUAAGAUGAUCAAGGAAGGCAAGGCCUACGUCGAUGACACCGAUCAGGCUACCAUGCGUGACGAACGUAUGAAGGGUCUCCCCUCCAAGUGCCGUGAUUUGUCCGUCGAGGAAAAUUUGCGUCGUUUCGAAGAAAUGAAGAACGGUACUGAAUUUGGUCAGACCUGUUGUUUGCGUGCCAAGAUCAAGCACGACGAUCUUAACGGUACUCUUCGUGAUCCUGUUAUCUACCGUUGCAACUUGACUCCUCAUCAUUAUACUGGCGACAAGUGGAAGAUUUAUCCUACCUAUGACUUUGCAUGCCCUAUUGUCGAUAGCAUUGAAGGUGUUUCUCACGCUUUGCGUACCAAUGAAUACCGCGAUCGCAAUGUUCAGUACUACUGGAUGUUGGAAGCCCUGGGUCUUCGUAAGCCUGUCAUCUGGGAUUUCAGCCGUAUGAACUUUGUCUACACUCUCUUGUCCAAGCGCAAGUUGCAGUGGUUUGUUAACGAAGGUCACGUCACUGGAUGGGAUGAUCCUCGUUUCCCUACCGUCCGCGGUAUCCGCCGUCGUGGUUUGACGAUUGAAGCCUUGAAGCAGUACAUCUUGAUGCAAGGCGCUUCUCAAAACACUUUGCUUCUCGAAUGGGACAAGUUGUGGGCCAUCAACAGAAAGGUCAUUGAUCCCAUCGCCCCUCGCCACACUGCUGUUUUGAAGGACAACAUGGUCCACGUCAACAUUCAAGGUGCUCCUGCCACUCCCGAAGUCAAGGAAGUUCCCAAGCAUAAGAAAAACUUGGACAUCGGCCAAAAGAAGACCACUUACUCCAACCAUAUUGUGUUCGACCAAGAGGAUGCCGUGUCCUUGGAAGUCGGUGAGGAGAUCACUCUCAUGGAUUGGGGUAACGCAUUUGUGCGCAAGGUUGAGAAGGACGAGGCCGGCAAAGCUACCAGCGUUGACUUGGAAUUGCAUUUGGAAGGUGAUUUCAAGAAGACCAAGAAGAAGAUCUCGUGGUUGUCUUAUGGUGAUGAGGUUGCCGAUGUUGUCUUGCUUGACUAUGACUACUUGAUUACCAAGAAGAAGGUUGAGGAAGGUGAUGAUGUCAAGGACCUUGUUACCCCUGUCAGUGAAUUCAAGGUGUCUGCUGUGGCUGAUGCCAACGUGAAGGACCUCAAGAAGGGUGAUAUCAUUCAAUUUGAGCGCAAGGGUUAUUAUAUUCUCGACGCUCCCGCCACCGAUGCAGCCCCCGCCCACUUCAUUCACAUUCCCGAUGGCAAGGCUACCUCCACUGCCUCCAAGGCUGAUGAUAAGAAGCCUGCCGCUAAGAAAUAGAUAUAAAAGAAAGCAACAAAGAGCAUAGACCAAACCAACCUGUCUGCAUAACUGCUGUUGCAAGAAAAAAUAAAAAUCUUGUAACGUUUACUCGUA